AUGCGCUUCACCACGCUCGCCAUUGCCUUUUUCGCCUGCGCCCUCGUGGUGUCUGGCAGCGUGAUCCGUGAAAAGAGACAGUGUGGAUGUGCUCAGCCACAGCAGAGCCAGUGCUCAUGCCAACAAGUUCAACAGACCCAAUCUUGCUCGUGCCAAUCUGCUCCAGUCCAACAACAAGCCCCAUCAUGCUCUUGCGCUCAGCCACAACAAACCCAAACUGUUCAGGUUCAAGCUACUCAAUGCGCUCCAGCCUGCCAACAGAGCUGCACCCAACAGUGCCAGUCCUCCCCAUCGGUGUCCCAAUGCCAACCACAAUGCCAGCAACAAUGUCAAUCCCAAUGCGCUCCAAUGUACAACCCACCAACCACCACUACCACCACCCAGGCUCCAGUUGUUCAGUACCAACAGUGCCAACCAGUGUGCCAGCAACAAUGUCAAGCUACCUGCGUUCAGCAACAACAGCCAGCCGCUCAGUGCCAACCACAAUGCCAACAGCAAUGCAAUGUUGCCUGUGAUGCUCCAUCCACCACCACCCAGGCUCCACAAGUGAUCCAAAUCCAACUCGAGAUCCAACAAGCUCAAGCCCAAUGCCAGCCACAAUGCCAACAACAGUGCCAGGAUUCCUGCGUUCAGCAACAACAGCCAGCCAACCAAUGCGACUCUGCCUGCAACACCCAGUGCUCUGAUAUCUGCCAACAGACCGCCCAGGCUACCCAACAAGUCUACAACCAGAACACCAACACCCAGAUGUACAACCCAUAUAAUAACAACAACCAGAACGCCAACUGCGCCCCAGCCUGCCAGCCAGCCUGUGACAACUCCUGCACUUCCCAACAAGCUCAGCCAGUGUACCAACAAGCUCAACCAGUCUACCAACAACAAGCUCAGCCAACCUACCAGGUUCAAUCUACCGCUGCUCCAAUGUACGAUCCAUACAACAACAACAACAACCAAGGAUCCAACAACUGUGCUCCAGCUUGCCAACCAGCCUGUGACAACUCCUGCACUCAACAAGCUCAACCAAUGUACCAACCAUACGACACCACCACCCAAGCCCCAGCUCAACAAGCCGUCAUCCAAAUUGUUCUCCAAACCUCUGUUGCUCAAUCUGCCCAAUGUGCUCCACAAUGCGAACAGUCCUGCCAGCAGCAAUGUGUCCAACAACAACAGCCAGCUGCUCAAUGCCAGACUGCUUGCCAGUCUUCCUGCUCCAACUCCUGCCAAGCUGCUCAACCAGCCACCCAAGCCUGCCAACAGACCCAACAGAACUCGUGCUCCUGCCAAGCCAACUACUCUCCAUGCGGAAAUGGACAAUGCUGUCGCAGAAAGUAA